AUGACAUUCGUGAUCUUCGGCCCGCCUCCCCAGACUGCAAUAUGGCAGUUCUCAUACAUCUCCAUCGAGUACGAGGGUAAGACGCAUAAGGCUCAAGUCACUUUAUGUCCUCCUGUUAAGGAAAGAAUUCACCGAAGUCCUGUCAAUCAGAACCGCAUAUAUCCGGAGCGCACAGAAUUGCAUGCAUCAAGUCUUGACAUCGGCCUGAUGCACACCGCCGAUUCCAUGAUGACCAUGAUGACCGUCGCCGCCACUGAACGCUUACCGAUAUCCCUUGUAUUGCAACUAUUCCCUAACCGAAGACAAAUCGGGAUUGAAUUCCACAUCGCGGAUGAUAGCAGUGCACGAUCCGACGAUGAAAACGAAUUCCGCAGAUACCAACUUGAGAUCGACGUUUCUUCGUCUGUUACGGAGGUCUUUGAGGACGCCAGCAGUCCGGACACUGUAACACUGGUUCUUCCGUCUAUUAAUCCGCCCAAUGCCUAUCGCAGAGUGAAGGAUAUCGACAUCAAGGAUACGCACGAUACCGAUUCGAUCGUUUGGCAUGAGAUGCGUGCAUGGCCUCGCGUCACUGAAGUCAAGAAGCCGAAUCUAGUCGAUCCUCGGUCAAAGCGGCAACUGACCUCGACGCAUCCUGCCCCAGAUGCCCCGAUCCAGCUCAAUCGUGGAGAUUCGUUGGUUGAUAUUGGCAGAUGGACUACCUUUCGAAUGGUCUUUCCUUUGAAUAAUGACGAAGCCAGGCGAUCCUAUUACAUUAUUCGCAGCGUGUUGCGAGACUACAACGUGAACGUGAAGCGAGGUCCAAAUCCGACCCAGAUUCCGAGACAGGAGUCAACGUUAUGGAAGCAAAUCAACGAGCUACCGAGCACAUCUAAUACUCAAGUCCUGGGGCACCAAAUCUUUCCGCUGCCGUUUGACGUACGCUACCAACUUGAGGUAUGUGUAUCGCAAGGGAUCAUCAAUGAACACAAUAUCACCGAACAGUUCCUUACUACCUUGCUGCGACUCGACCGGGAAACAGCACGACAGGUGCUGGAGAAAGCUGCGGACAGUCGAAAGCGAUGGUUCGAGCCCAUGGAUAUUAUCCAACAAUUUCGCUUCUCCACCUACUUCAACCGUCGAAUACCGGAAUACUGCAGCUACAGCCGUGGUGUGACCUUGACUCCAACCACGGUCUACUUCCAUAGUCCGGCGGUAGAAACGUCAAAUCGGGUCACCCGCAAAUACGAGAGUCGAGACGUUCAGUUCAUCCGCAUCAAAUUCAUGGACGAGAGAACUUGGGGAAAGAUGAGGAACCGACAUGAUCGAAAUGAAGCUGCCGUGUACAACCGUUUCCGACAUGCGCUCCGACACGGCAUUCAAAUCGGCCAGAGGGUGUUUUAUUUCCUUGCAUGGGGAAACAGUCAAUUCCGUGAGAACGGGGCGUACUUCAUUUCACCAACCUCAAGCAUCACUGCCGAUUCGAUCCGUGCCUGGAUGGGGGAUGUCGCUCACAUCCGCGUAAUUGCCAAAUACGCCGCAAGACUCGGUCAGAAUUUCUCAACCACCCGCUCCUAUCGAGGAUCUCCCGUGGAGAUGGUCGAAAUUCCAGAUAUCGAGCGAAAUGGCUACUGCUUCACUGAUGGUGUAGGAAAGAUGUCCCGGUUCAUCUCUCAGAUGAUUGCUAACCGUUUUCGACUCCCUUUCGGAAUGGAUGACCCUCCUAGUGUGAUUCAGUUCAGAUAUGGUGGCUGCAAGGGAGUUCUGGCCCUCGAUCCAACCAUGGUCGGCAAACAGAAUCACCAAAUCCAGAUCAGACCAUCUCAACGCAAGUUCGAAGUGACUGAAGGUGGAUUGGAGAUCACAAGAUGCUCAGACUUUUCCGUCGCGACCUUGAACCGGCAGCUCAUUGCCAUCCUCUCAUCGCAUGGAAUUCCGGAUUACGUCUUUGACGACAUGCGUGAACGAAUGGUUCGGGAUUUGGACCUUGCUAUGCGCGAUGAGAAUGUUGCGCUGCGCCUGCUACAGAAGAACAUCGAUAUGAAUCAAACUUCCCUAGCACUCGCCGCGAUGAUCGCGGAGGGAUUCAUGGAGAGACGUGAGCCAUUCCUGACGAAUUGUCUUCAACUUUGGCGGUGCUGGAACAUGAAGCUACUCAAAGAGAAAGCGAGGCUGGUGGUUGAAAAGGCGGCGUUUGUCCUUGGGUGCGUCGAUGAGACCGGGCUUCUCCAAGGACAUUUUGACGAAAAACUGACCCGCCAUCAUGAGACAAAGGAAGACCUCAUCCGAGAUCUGCCUCAAAUCUUCAUCCAAGUUGGUGUGUCGGAGAAGGCUGGGGAGAAGAAGCAAUAUCACGUUAUCACCGGACUCUGCAUCCUCGCUCGUAACCCUUCCCUUCACCCUGGAGAUAUCCGUGUCGUCAAUGCUGUUGACGUUCCCGCACUCCAUCAUCUUAAAAACGUGGUGGCUCUCCCACAAACCGGGGAUCGCGAUCUAGGUAGCAUGUGCUCUGGCGGAGACCUUGACGGCGACGAUUAUUUCGUUAGCUGGGAUGAAAACCUCCUCUUUACUGACUGGAGUUAUCCCCCUAUGGCACACACGGCACCGCCGCCUAAAGAGGUCAAUCGACCCGUGGUCAUGGAUGAUCUGAGCGAUUUCUUCAUUGAAUAUAUGAAGAAUGACUCCCUCCCCACCAUUGCGACGGCGCACCUUGCUAUCGCGGAUAGUGAGGGAGUAGAGUCUGAAACCUGUCUGGAACUAGCAGAGCUUCACUCAUUGGCAGUUGAUUACCCGAAGAGCGGACAUCCCGUUCGUAUGGAACGGAGACACUUCCCAACACAAUGGCCGCACUUCAUGGAGCGACGAGCGAAGACGUACACCUCCCGCAAGAUCCUCGGGAAACUCUACGACCGGGUCAGCAGUGUCUAUUUCCGGCCGGUAUUUCAAGGAUUUAAUUAUGAUAUCAUCGCCUCGUACCAAACCAUGCUCGAUGCAGCGUCCUGGGAGCGGUUGAAGGGGAAGGCCAGGAACCUGAAAGGGAAAUACGAUGAUGCAGUCCGACGCAUUCAAGCUCGACACGACAUCAAGACGGAGUUCGAAGUCUGGACAGUGUAUUGCCUUUCACACAAUGGCGAGAAGAGGGACUACACAUUCGCCGAAGACAUGGGACGUGAUAUCGGUGGGUUGAAGGAGGAAUUUCGGGCACUUGUUCGACAAGAAGCUGAAGCGAUGGAUGGGGGGAUCGUCGGGCCAGAGUUCCGGCCCGUCAUCGAAGAAGCCGAAGGGAACCACCUUGGGGUUCGAGAGGUGGAUCUGAUCCUUCAUCCAUUCCUCGCGGCGAUGUAUUGCGUGGCUGUCGACGAAGCGACCACGGCGGUCAAAGAGAGCCGAAUGAUGGCUACAAUCGACGGCAUCCGACAGUCCUUGCGGAAUCUGAAUCAGCCGAGCGAACGGCCCAUGAUGAGCUUUCCGUGGAUUUUCUACGAAGAGCUGGGGAAAAUCUCCAGGCUUGGUGGAUUGUUGAGGAAGCGCAUGGCAGGCAAAGUGAGGUGUGCGGAACUUCUGGACAAGCCGGCUGAAGCGCCGCUCAACUAUGAUCAGUCACCCCAUGAAGAUUCCACCGUCGGACCACCUGUCCAUCUACCCGAAGUAACUGUUCAACCCCGUGGCCCAGUCGAUGGAAGGUCAGAUUGGACCGAUAUUGUGAUGGACCAUGAUGAGGGACGCCGCAACCAGGCGUGGCUGAAUCAUCAUGGACCUCUUUACGGACCUCCAACAUCAACAGCUACCAAUGGGGACACCAUGCCGUCCAAUGCGGACGGAGUAGAGGGACCCAUCGACGUGAAUAGCGUUGAUACUGCCGAAGAUCCUAGUGCCAUGACAGAUCCCACCGAGGCAGAAUUCAAUGCCAUGACCCUAGCCCACGCAGCAACCACGAAGUACCCGGAUUUGUUGCUCGAGGCCACUGAGAACUGGCCGGUCUCAGCAGACUCGAAGAGAUCAGCUCCGAUUGCUCCCGCGAGUUUGAUGUUGAUCCCAAAUGGCAAGUCCAAGGAGCUCAUCGCCGUGGCAGAUGCUGGUGAAGAUCUCGAGGCAGACUCGGACGAAGAAGAUCUCGAGGAAGAAGCGGACAGUGGGAGAGCCGUGGGGGGAUUCAACAUGCUCGAUGCAUUCGAGGAUUGA